GAACGGCGAUCGCAACAGACGUGCCCUGCUCAUCGUAUAUAUGUAUACUAUUGUUAAAAAAAAAACAACGUUGUUAGUAAAAUUUGUUGAAAAGAGCACAAAAAGAGUGGAAACAGUUGUACGCGAGCGAAUAGUAAUACAUAAUAACAAAAACAUGUCAACAACGGAUGCUAAUGUAGCUAGCAAAUCAGAAUCAGAGACGCCAAAUAGCGCACCAGAUGCGGCUGCGAGUGCUACCCCUGCUGCUGCGCGCCAAAUACCCGACUGGCUGAAGGCUGACCUAUUUGUGGAUUUGCUCAAGAAGAAUGUGCCCGAUUUCAAAGCCAUCAGGAGUUUCGACGCCAAUCCGGCACAAGGGGCUGGCGAAAAUUAUGCCACGCUCAUGGCCCUGGUGCAACUCGAAUUGGAACUUAUAACUGGAAAAACGAAGCAAAUUUCCUAUAUGUUGAAAAUACCAAUUGAAGCGGUGAUGAAAUUGAUGAUGGGCGACAAUAUAUUCGACGUAGAGAGUAACAUUUAUCGACAAGUAAUACCGGAGCUAGAGCAGCUGUACAGGGAUGCUGGCGUUGAAGUGACGUUCUCGCCGCAGUACUUUGAGCUGCAAACGCCAUCCGAAUUCGGUGUUAUACUUAUGGAAGAUCUGCGGCAGCGUGGCUUUAAGAACGCCAAUCGCUUGGAAGGUUUCGAUAUGGAGCACACUAAGUGCGCAUUGAAAAAAUUGGCGCAAUGGCAUGCCACUUCAGCAGUGCGCGUCGAAACUAAGGGUAAAUAUCCAAAAAUUGUCAGCAGCGGCAUUUUCACAGAAGAGUUUCUGGCGGCGAUGAAACCUAUGCACUUAGCGUCCAUAAAGUUGUUCAAUGAGUGUGUGCGAACAUAUGACGGGCAUGAGGCGUACAUGGACAGCAUGCAAAGGACUCAAGAGCAUAUUUUUGAUGAUUUUCGUGCGAUGAUAGACGCCGAUCCAACAGAAUUUAACGUUCUAAAUCACGGCGAUUUUUGGGCUAACAAUAUUAUGUUCCAGUACGAUGCUUUUGGCAAAAUUAAGGAAACAUACUUCGUAGACUUUCAGUGCUCGCGUUAUGGCUCUCCGGUGCAUGAUCUCUACAAUUUGUUGCUCUCCUCAACACAAUACGAAAUCAAGCUGAAACAUUUUGAUUAUUUCAUUAAGUAUUAUCACGACCAGCUGAUUGAGUGCUUGAAAUUGCUAAGAUAUCCGAAGAAGUUGCCCGCCUUGAAGGAUAUUCACAUAGCGCUGUACAAAUAUGGUGUAUGGGGUUUAGCCGCUGCUUCCGGUCAUAUGGCUAUUGUGUUGCUCGAUCCAACCGAAUCGGCCAGUAUUGAAAAUUUACUUGGCAAUACUCCAGACGCCGUGGAAUUCAAAAAGCUAAUGUAUACAAAUAAGCGAUAUCGGAAACAUGCUGAAGCCGUUUUGCCAUGGCUUCAUAAUCGUGGCGCUUUUGAAAUGUAAAACAAAACCAAAAAAACAAUGCAGCGUUGUGAUAACAGAAUUAUUGAUAUAUUUUCUAUGAACAAAUAGGUGCAAACAAAUAUGCAUGUGCAUAUAUUUUAUCAGCAUAGAUGCGGCAAUAUCUAAUGAGGCGCAAUAUUUUUAUGUAUACUACAUUCAUAUAUAUUAUUUGUAAUUUAUCUAAGUAAUCAAACAAAGCGUACAUAUAUCAUAUAAUAAACAAGCUUUGA